UGCCGCACUCCUCUUUCGCUUCACUAGGCUACAGGACCAUCCGCCCUUCUUUCCUGAAGGUGGAGGGAACGACGUCCGCUACCAGCGGAGGCCGAAGAUCUCAGAAGUGAUUCUCCCAAGGAGCAACGGGGCGAAAGGAAGAAGAAAGGGCUGACCAGGACUCUCACCUCAUCCCCACGGUUUCCCUUAACCCGGAAGUGAUCCUCUGCUCCGUAGGCUGGAGCACUCCCCCUCACCGAGGGGAAAAGGACAGCCAAGUCUGGCCCGGCAUGCCCUGGGCUUCCGGUGACCUCUGGCCCUUUUCUGUCGUCCGCUUUCGCUGCCUAGCGUGCUCGCUCGCUCAUUGCCUGCCUUCUUUUCCUCCGGUCUCCCUUCACACGCAGCCUGGUGACUGUGGCGCCUGCGACCGGUAGGGAGGCUGUGGCGGAGGACACUCGUCAUGGCCGCUUCUAAGCCUGUGGAGGCGGCAGUGGUCGCAGCGGCUGCGCCCGGCUCUGGGAGUGGGGUGGGCGGCGGCGGGACUUCGGGCCCCGGGACGGGCGGUCUGCCGCGAUGGCAGCUGGCACUGGCGGUCGGGGCACCUCUGCUGCUGGGCGCGGGUGCCAUGUACCUGUGGAGCCGGCAGCGGCGGCGCCGGGAGGCCGGAGGCCGGGGUGACGCCAGCGGUCUGAAGCGCAACAGUGAACGGAAGACCCCGGAGGGCAGGGCCAGUCCGGCCCCGGGCAGCGGACACCCCGAAGGUGCUCACCUGGAAAUGAACUCUCUUGAUAGAGCCCAAGCAGCCAAGAACAAAGGCAAUAAAUAUUUUAAAGCAGGAAAAUACGAACAAGCUAUUCAGUGCUAUACUGAGGCUAUUAGUUUGUGCCCUAAUGAGAAGAAUGUCGACCUUUCCACGUUUUAUCAAAACAGAGCUGCUGCCUUUGAACAGUUGCAAAAAUGGAAAGAGGUGGCACAAGAUUGUACAAAGGCUGUUGAACUUAAUCCCAAAUAUGUGAAAGCUCUCUUUAGACGUGCAAAAGCCCAUGAGAAGCUAGACAAUAAGAAGGAAUGUUUAGAAGAUGUCACUGCUGUGUGUAUAUUAGAAGGGUUCCAAAAUCAACAAAGCAUGCUGUUAGCUGAUAAAGUUCUUAAACUUCUUGGGAAAGAGAAAGCCAAAGAAAAAUACAAGAAUCGUGAACCUCUGAUGCCAUCUCCGCAGUUUAUCAAAUCUUACUUCAGCUCUUUCACGGAUGAUAUUAUUUCUCAGCCUAUGCUUAAAGGAGAGAAGUCUGAUGAAGAUAAAGACAAGGAAGGGGAAGCUUUAGAAGUGAAAGAAAAUUCUGGGUAUUUAAAGGCCAAACAGUAUAUGGAAGAAGAAAACUAUGAUAAAAUCAUAAGUGAAUGCUCAAAAGAAAUAGAUGCUCAAGGCAAAUACAUGGCAGAAGCAUUAUUACUACGAGCCACCUUCUACCUGCUUAUAGGCAAUGCCAAUGCCGCCAAACCAGAUUUAGAUAAGGUCAUCAGUUUGAAAGAAGCUAAUGUGAAGCUUCAAGCAAAUGCCCUCAUCAAAAGAGGCAGCAUGUACAUGCAACAGCAGCAGCCUUUGCUGUCUACUCAGGAUUUUAACAUGGCUGCUGACAUUGAUCCUCAGAAUGCAGAUGUUUAUCACCACCGAGGACAGCUGAAAAUACUGCUUGAUCAAGUUGAAGAAGCAGUGGCAGAUUUUGAUGAAUGUAUUAGAUUAAGACCCGAGUCUGCUCUGGCACAAGCUCAGAAAUGUUUUGCAUUGUAUCGCCAGGCAUACACAGGAAACAAUUCUUCACAAAUCCAAGCAGCUAUGAAAGGUUUUGAAGAGGUCAUAAAGAAAUUCCCAAGGUGUGCUGAAGGCUAUGCACUAUAUGCCCAGGCAUUAACAGAUCAACAACAGUUUGGUAAAGCUGAUGAAAUGUAUGAUAAAUGUAUUGAUUUGGAACCAGAUAAUGCCACAACAUACGUUCAUAAAGGUUUACUUCAACUUCAGUGGAAGCAAGAUCUGGACAGAGGUUUGGAGCUUAUCAGCAAGGCUAUUGAAAUUGACAAUAAAUGUGAUUUUGCAUAUGAAACCAUGGGAACUAUUGAAGUGCAAAGAGGAAACAUGGAAAAAGCCAUUGACAUGUUCAACAAAGCUAUCAACCUGGCCAAGUCGGAAAUGGAGAUGGCUCAUCUGUAUUCACUUUGUGAUGCUGCCCAUGCCCAGACAGAAGUUGCAAAGAAAUAUGGAUUAAAACCACCAACAUUAUAAAACGGAGCAAGGAGACUGACCCUCUUUUUAAAAGAAGUUUACCCCCUCUUCAAUUGAACCCUAAAGACACUGUCAUGAACCAUGCUGAAUGGUGGAACUUAGUAUUUCCGUUUGUGGUGUUGUCAGUCCUUACAUCUGUUUCAUGUUUAGGUGUUGUGGGCGUGGCUGUUGGAGGAAGUUUGCAGUCUUGCAGCUUUUAUUCCCUGUGCAACAAAAGCUUAGAUCCUGUUAAAAGGGACAUUGAAAUAAAGUUGCAAAGAGUACAAAUGAUAAUUGGCCAUGCAAAUAAAAACUUUGAUUUGUUGAUUUUUUUUUUUUUUUUAAUGGGGGGCGGGUAGGGUGUUGAUUAUGUUCCGGAUGAUUUUGUCUUUAUCUGUAUGUGUGUAUAAUAUGAGUAUUUUACAGCAUGUUGGUUUUUAAAUUAACAUAGUAAAUACUGUAAAAUAGAUUUCUUCUGUAUUCAGUUAAUCCCUUUCACUUUUUGAAGGAAACAAAAUUUAACUGGGGAUUAAAGUAAAAUUAAAAGACCCUUUAAACCAUUGUCAGCAUACACAAUGCUUCUGAUUCUGCAGAACUUUAGGAACUUAGUGGCAACUGUUAAUCCUUUUUGACCCCCUUCCAUUCCAAUGGAUAAUGUACAUCAUUCUUAAAGUCCACAACAGCUGGCUUCAUAUAGUAAAUUAUGCAGAAGCAAAAUAUUCUGAUUGAUACAUGUGCUGGAAGACAUAUAAUGGUGGAGUGAACCAGGGAAAGAGGUAAGCUGAAGUUGAAUUGUGUUUAUAAUUGUAAUAAGUAGGACUAUUUAAUAGUGUACUUUUUAAAGAAAGUGCAGGUUGCUUAUAUGUAUAAACCAAAUAAAGAUGGAACAAGUGUGAUAUGGAAAUAUUUAGUUUAAAAUUUCUAGUGAAGAAAAUGUGGCUUAAAGCUUCAAAAAGGAUGUAAGUCUUAGAGCCAGAACAUAAUAUUUCCUGAAAUGACAAGAUUAUUGCUUCAGUUACAGCUACAUGUACUUGAGGAAUUUUGAUCCAGUAUUUUUACAGAUGCUGAGGACAUGCAGAGUGCUUUUUAGAGCUGAGUUAACCUUGAUCUCUGAAGACUAACUGCCCAUGUCCAGGUCUUCACUAGGGAUACUGACAGCAGAUAUUUUUGUUGUCAAUUUUAUCUUUAUACCACUCCUUACUUAGAAAUCACUUAAAGGUUUAUUUCCAAUUGUCACUUUUAUAGAUCAUUCUUUUGCUUAUAUGCUGGAUUUUUCUGGAGACAGAUGGGUUGUGUUCUUAAGGGGUCUCGAGAUAUUUGGGAUGGGGAGAGGUUUAUUAAGUCUGAACAUAAUAAAAGAGCAAGCCUUCA